AUGCUGGACCCGUCUUCCAGCGAAGAGGAGUCGGACGAAGGGUUGGAAGAGGAGAGCCGCGAUGUGCUGGUGGCGGCCGGCGGCUCGCAGCGGGCGCCGCCGGCCCCGGCUCGCGAAGGGCGGCGGGACGCGCCGGGGCGCGCGGGCGGCGGCAGCGCGGCCAGACCGGUGAGCCCCAGCCCCUCGGUGCUCAGCGAGGGGCGAGAUGAGCCCGAGAGGCAGCUGGACGAGGAGCAGGAGCGGCGGAUCCGCUUGCAGCUCUACGUCUUCGUGGUGAGGUGCAUCGCGUACCCUUUCAACGCUAAGCAGCCCACCGACAUGGCCCGGAGGCAGCAGAAGCUUAACAAGCAACAGUUGCAGUUACUGAAAGAAAGGUUCCAGGCCUUCCUCAACGGAGAGACCCAAAUCGUGGCCGAUGAAGCAUUUUGCAAUGCAGUUCGGAGUUACUAUGAGGUUUUUCUGAAGAGUGAUCGAGUGGCCAGAAUGGUUCAGAGUGGAGGAUGUUCUGCUAAUGACUUCAGAGAGGUGUUUAAGAAAAACAUAGAAAAGCGUGUGCGGAGUCUGCCAGAAAUUGAUGGCUUGAGCAAAGAGACAGUGCUCAGUUCAUGGAUAGCCAAAUAUGAUGCCAUUUACAGAGGUGAAGAGGACAUGUGCAAACAGUCCAGUAGAAUGGCCCUAAGUGCUGUGUCUGAACUUAUUCUGAGCAAGGAACAACUCUAUGAGAUGUUUCAGCAGAUUCUGGGUAUUAAAAAAUUAGAACACCAACUCCUUUAUAAUGCAUGUCAGCUGGAUAACGCAGAUGAACAAGCAGCCCAGAUCAGGAGGGAACUUGAUGGUCGUUUACAGCUGGCAGAGAAAAUGGCAAAGGAGAGAAACUUCCCCAAAUUUAUAACAAAAGAAAUGGAGACUAUGUAUAUAGAAGAGUUGCGGUCUUCAGUGAAUUUGCUAAUGGCCAAUUUGGAAAGUCUUCCAGUUUCAAAAGGUGGUCCGGAAUUUAAAUUACAAAAACUAAAACGUUCACAGAAUUCUGCAUUUCUGGACAUAGGCGAUGAGAAUGAGAUUCAGCUGUCAAAGUCAGAUGUGGUGCUGUCAUUCACCUUAGAGAUUGUCAUAAUGGAAGUGCAAGGUUUGAAGUCCGUUGCUCCCAAUCGAAUUGUUUACUGUACAAUGGAAGUGGACGGAGGAGAAAAACUGCAGACAGACCAGGCUGAAGCCUCAAGGCCACAAUGGGGAACUCAAGGUGAUUUUACCACCACCCAUCCUCGGCCUGUGGUCAAAGUAAAACUCUUCACGGAAAGCACUGGGGUCCUGGCCCUUGAAGAUAAAGAGCUGGGAAGGGUGAUAUUAUACCCAACUUCUAAUAGCUCCAAGUCAGCGGAGUUUCACCGAAUGGUAGUUCCAAAAAAUAGCCAGGACUCUGACUUAAAAAUCAAAUUAGCAGUGCGAAUGGAUAAACCAGCACAUAUGAAACAUAGUGGAUAUCUGUAUGCCCUAGGACAGAAGGUUUGGAAAAGAUGGAAAAAACGUUACUUUGUUCUUGUUCAGGUUAGCCAAUACACAUUUGCUAUGUGCAGUUAUAGAGAGAAAAAGUCUGAACCACAAGAACUAAUGCAGCUGGAAGGAUACACUGUGGACUACACGGAUCCCCACCCCGGCCUUCAAGGUGGUCAGAUGUUCUUUAAUGCAGUUAAAGAAGGAGACACUGUGAUAUUUGCCAGUGACGAUGAGCAAGAUAGAGUAUUAUGGGUUCAGGCCAUGUAUAGGGCCACAGGUCAGUCCUAUAAACCCAUUCCUGCGAUUCAAACCCAGAAGCUGAAUCCUAAAGGAGGGACUCUCCAUGCAGAUGCUCAGCUUUCUGGUAAGGAUGCAGACCGUUUUCAGAAACAUGGUAUGGAUGAGUUUAUUUCUGCUAAUCCUUGCAAGCUUGACCACGCCUUCCUUUUUCGAAUACUCCAGAGGCAGACUUUGGAUCACAGACUGAAUGAUUCCUAUUCUUGCUUGGGUUGGUUCAGUCCUGGCCAAGUCUUUGUGUUAGAUGAGUACUGUGCCCGUUAUGGUGUGAGAGGCUGUCACAGACAUCUCUGCUACCUGACAGAACUGAUGGAACAUUCAGAAAACGGUGCUGUCAUUGACCCAACCCUGCUCCAUUACAGUUUUGCAUUCUGCGCCUCUCAUGUGCAUGGCAACAGGCCUGAUGGAAUUGGAACUGUUUCAGUGGAAGAAAAAGAGAGAUUUGAGGAGAUAAAAGAAAGACUCUCUUCCCUUUUAGAAAACCAGAUAAGCCAUUUCAGAUACUGUUUUCCCUUUGGACGACCUGAAGGUGCUCUCAAAGCUACGCUUUCAUUACUUGAAAGGGUUUUAAUGAAAGAUAUCGCCACUCCCAUACCAGCAGAAGAGGUGAAAAAAGUGGUCAGAAAAUGUCUCGAGAAAGCGGCCUUGAUCAAUUACACUAGACUCACAGAAUAUGCCAAAAUAGAAGGCCCAGCAGAAAAGGAAGCAGAGACCAUGAACCAGGCACCUCCUGCUAGAAAGCUGGAAGAGGUUCUUCAUCUAGCAGAGCUCUGCAUAGAAGUCUUACAGCAGAAUGAAGAGCAUCAUGCAGAGGGAAGAGAGGCAUUUGCCUGGUGGCCUGAUUUAUUGGCAGAGCACGCGGAGAAAUUUUGGGCUUUAUUCACAGUAGAUAUGGAUACUGCACUGGAGGCCCAACCACAAGACUCCUGGGAUAGUUUUCCUCUUUUCCAACUACUCAAUAAUUUCCUCAGAAAUGACACACUUUUGUGUAAUGGAAAAUUUCACAAACAUUUGCAAGAAAUCUUUGUGCCCUUGGUUGUCCGCUACGUCGAUCUCAUGGAGUCCUCCAUCGCCCAGUCAAUUCACAGAGGUUUUGAGCAAGAGACAUGGCAGCCUGUCAAGAAUAUCGCCAACAGUCUUCCCAAUGUAGCUCUUCCAAAAGUUCCAAGUCUGCCUCUUAAUCUUCCACAGAUUCCUAGCUUUUCUACUCCUUCGUGGAUGGCUCCUUUAUAUGAGUCCACCAAUGGCUCAGCAACAUCAGAAGACCUCUUUUGGAAACUCGAUGCCCUUCAGAUGUUUGUCUUUGAUCUGCACUGGCCAGAACAAGAAUUUGCCCACCACUUAGAGCAAAGACUUAAACUAAUGGCCAGUGAUAUGAUAGAGGCCUGUGUCAAAAGAACAAGAACUGCAUUCGAAGCCAAGCUGCAAAAGGCAAGCAAAACCACCGAGUUGCGCAUCCCGGCUUCCGUGUGUACAAUGUUUAAUGUGUUAGUCGAUGCCAAAAAGCAAAGCACCAAGCUUUGUGCCCUGGAUGGAGGACAAGAGUUUGGUAGUCAAUGGCAACAAUACCAUUCAAAAAUAGAUGAUUUGAUUGACAACGCUGUAAAAGAAAUCAUUUCACUGCUAGUUUCAAAGUUUGUUUCAGUGUUGGAAGGGGUGUUAUCUAAGCUGUCAAGAUAUGAUGAAGGCACUUUCUUUUCAUCCAUUCUGUCAUUCACUGUGAAAGCAGCUGCAAAAUAUGUUGAUGUUCCGAAACCGGGAAUGGAUCUAGCAGACACCUACAUUAUGUUUGUUCGGCAAAACCAGGAUAUUCUUCGAGAAAAGGUCAAUGAGGAAAUGUAUAUAGAAAAGCUGUUUGAUCAAUGGUACAGCAGUUCCAUGAAAGUCAUUUGUGUCUGGUUGGCUGAUAGAUUAGACCUUCAGCUUCAUAUUUACCAACUGAAGACGCUCAUCAAGAUUGUGAAGAAAACGUACAGGGACUUCCGACUGCAGGGUGUGUUGGAAGGCACACUGAACAGUAAGACCUACGAUACUCUGCACAGGCGGUUAACAGUGGAGGAGGCUACAGCCUCUGUCUCGGAAGGAGGAGGACUUCAGGGCAUCACCAUGAAAGACAGUGAUGAAGAAGAAGGCUGAUAACCCUGGCGCUUAGAAGGAAGGCAGAUGUUGACCCCGUUUAUUUUGUACCCCGUCUUUGUAAUUACAUUGAUUGUCUGGACCAAAUAAAAAUGCUUGUAUUUCGCUCCACUUUGCAAGGAGUCAACCAGGAAGCAGAGUGAAAGGGGAAAAUGCCAAGUUUUUUUUUUUGGUUUUUGUUUUUAGGAUCAGCCUCUCCAGUGCAGCUUGACCUAAAAUGAGCUUUGGCUUUGUUUGUGAUUGGAACAUGAUUUUUUGGGGUUUUUUUUUUUUUAGAAGCUUUGACUUUUUCUUCUGUGAUUCCAUCAAAGUAAUGUCCUCUGUGUGUAAUGAGAUCUGCAUUUCUCAGAGUAUGAUAUUGUGAGAAGAAACCACUCCUGAUCACUGUGUCAGCUCUCUUGUACCCUUGUUAAAAUGGUGUGUAUUUAAUAGUUUAUCAUUUAUGUGUCAGGGUUUGUUGUUUUUUUUUUCAUAGUUAAUUUGCCAUUGUUGUAAUGUGUGUAAAAACUUUAACCUUGGUUCUUAGUACUCUGAAUUCAUCUGCAGGCUUAAAGCACUGCCAAACCAAAUAUAGACGAGAUCCUCCGUCAGCUUGUGUCCCGUUCUAUUCUGAACAUACCUUUCAAGUUUAGGGGAAAAAAAAUCCCAAAGCGUAAGGUAAUUAAGUGUGCUGCCAUCAACAUACCGCAUUCUCCUACUUCUCAAUGUAACAGCUUGCAGGCAAUAAAAAUAUAUUUGGUCAAACCACCUCUGUAUUUAUUAGACUUAUAUAAAUUAAAUGCAGUAAAAAAUGUUUGCAGUAUUACAAACAUCCUAACAA